AUGGAUAAACCAACGUUCGUCUUCUCGCCGGGUGCCUGGAUCAGCACCGUUUUCUUCGACGCCGUGCGUGAGCAUCUGAAUGACCUCGGUUAUCCUUCCGAGUGCCCCGCGCAUCCCUCUGUCGGUGCAGAGCCCGCUUUCCUGACACUGGAAGACGACGUUGCCUCGCUACGUAGCGUGUUGACGAGUCUGGCAGAUGAAGGGAAGGAUAUUGUUCUGGUUGCACAUUCCUACGGUGGUGUUGUGGCCUCUUCAGCCAGUGAGGGGCUACUGCAGCAUGUCCGCGCAGAGAGCGGGAAGACUGGAGGCAUCGUGCGCAUCGUCUAUCUAGCUGCGUUUGCGCUGGAUAAGGGGCAGAGCUUGUUGGGGAUGCUGGGAGGAGUGCCUUUGCCCCGGAUGAGGAUUGAGGGCGACUACGUUUAUGUGGACAGCACCGAUAUUGGCUACCAGGACCUGCCUGUCGAGCAGCAAGAGAAGUGGAAUGGUAUGACCACGCACACCUCUCGCGCGGUCUUCGCGGGUGAAGCCACCUACGAGCCGUGGCACGAUGUUCCCUGCGCCUAUAUCCUCUGCGAGCAGGACAUGGCACUGCCACCUGCUUUCCAAGAGGGUUUCGCGUCGAAGAUGGGCGGGCCUGAGAUCAUCCACCGACUGCCGAGCUCGCAUUCGCCGUUCUUGAGUAUGCCCGAUCGCCUGGUGAGCGUUCUGGAAGAGAUAGUGAAGGUAUAA